AUGAAGCUGAACAUUCUCCUUGCCGCUGCUCUGGUUGCUGUCCCUGCCAUGGCUGCCUCAAGCACCACAGAGACACACACCGAAAAACAGACAUCUACCGAGACCCUCAAGGCGAGCCAGACCAGUGCUUCCUCCAAGACUUCGAAGGCGGCUGCUGCUCCCACUAUGGUUGUUGAUAUGAUGGGCGUUGCUGGUGUCGCAGGUGUCCUUGCUGCUAUGGCUCUUUAA